AUGUCUAAAUCGUUGACCUUCUCAUGGGACUGGCUAGGCUCGUCAGCCUAUCAUCGGACAAACGUGGAGAACUAUCACCGAAACUUUGGAACCUUGUCCAGUCUUAUAGAUGAGGAAAAGCUAGUUCCAAACCUCACCAAACGUCUGAAGAUGAACCUCGCUAGACUAAAGCAAGACCACCAGCUGCUGGAGUCUGGUACCACUGUUGGUAAACUUGCUUUAGGGCUGAACGAGCCGGGCGAAAGUGCUCCAUUCACUUAA